UUCCUUGAGAUAGAAAACUUUGCAACUUUGCCAGGGUGACGCGAAAUCGUCAUUGCGGUACGUGGUAUGGCGUUCAGAGUCGCUGGAAGUCCAAGUCUCCUAGCGCGCCGUUCGACUUGACGUGACAUAUAUAUACCACGCAGGUUUCGCCUCCCGAAGAAGCCAGCUGAACUGAGGACUGGAAGCGUGGUUUUCUCAGUCGAUAAAAAGCGUCGGUUGAUUCGUCGAGGGCCACUUCAGAGAUCUUUUUCCGGGAGCCCCUCCGCGCGGAUUGCUUAUCGGUAAGCCGCCGUUUACCAUGCGUCACAACGUGGGCGGCUAAUCCAAACCUCCCGUUGUCUCGGAACUCUCCGUCGUCGCUACAGAAGCCGCUUUCUCGACGUUUUCUAGUUACUGGGUCCCUGCGAUCUUGAAGGGUUGGAGAGUGAUGCGCUGAGCCAGCGGUUUUGUUGAGAUUGGAGUAAUAAGCUCGGAUUAAGACAGUUCAUCACUCCUUUCGGCGUAGCAAGUGCAGUAUUGAUGUCUGUGGCUUGGUUAGCGAUAACUGGAGGACUUUUCGCCGUCGAGACCGUUAUAUCUGUAAGGAAUAAAGACGGCAGCUAUACGGGACUGAUUUCCGUAGCUGGCUUAGGACUUGACAGUGCUCGAGCUUCGGACAGGUCAAGGGUCGACCUCCGGUCGUCAUGCUAGUGACGUCCGAGGAUAAGCCGGGCCGUCUGGCCGGACUUUCGGCGCUACUCGGUGCGUCGCCUGAGCCGAUGCUUUGCCGACGUCGGUGGGAAGGCUUCCGUGCGACCGAUGCGGCAACGACGGCUCGCCGAAUAGCGGUCCCGGAUGCGACUACUGCAGGCCGAGGAAAAAAGUCCAGUUCAUCGUAGGCAACUGGGACGGCCUCGACCGGUCGUCGCCGACGCCUCCGCCGGAGAGUCCCGACGCCUCGUCGGCGUGCCCGGAGACGAGUCCGCUGAUGGAGGCCUCCAAGCCGGUCACCAUCCAGCGAAGCGCCUCCUUCAACUUCCCUUCCACCAGCCAGCGAAACAGCGCCAAUGUGGCUGCAGGCAACGCCGAGGUGUGCCCGCCUCCGCCGGGCAAGUCUAGCGACGACUCCGGCCUGGGCACGGGCAACAGCCCGCGUGGCAAGAAGCCCGCGCUCACCAUCGACAUCCAGCGCAUCCCGCCGUCGCGCGCCAGCUCGUACGGCGGCUCGCUCUGCAGCCUGCCAACCAGCAGCAACGGAAAGAUGUACAGCGCACGCCGGACACACGGAGACCUGGACUCCCUGGUCAUUAUGCUGAGUGCCCUCUACGCCAAGCUGCUCGUAAUCAUGGGAAUCUGCUUCCCUCUGGCUGAAGUGAUCUCAAAGAAAAUACCCGUCUCGUUCUACGAGGGCUUCUACCUGUACCUGUACUUCGGCAGCAUCGCCUUCCUGCUGUACGUGUACGUGUUCCUUUUGCGCCACGACAAGGUCAACUCCAAGCUGGACCACCUGACCGACAGCUUCAGCGACAAGGUUCGCCGCCUUCUGGGCAUGCGCAGCUCUCGCGGCACCAACAUGGAGAUCCCGCCGACGCCCAAGAAGCGCGUGCACGACGCCACCACGCACGCCGGCAGCUUCUACCUCAGGCUGGGUGCAGUCGCUUUUGGAACCGGGAGCAUGAUCUAUUCGGGGCUCGAGUUCGGCCAGUUCUUCGAGAUGGAGUCCGAUUCCAAGUGCUACAACAUUCUCUUCAGCCUGACGCCCGCCACGCGGAUGGCAUUCACGUUUUUUCAGCUCUACUUCAUCUUCAUCAACUCGAGGGUUGCCAUUAACAAGUUCACAACAUUCGCGAGGUUCGGCCUGAUGCACAUGAUCUCCGCCAACAUCUGCGUGUGGCUUCACGUCCUGAUUCAAGAAACAAAGCACCAGCUCCUGGAUUUCAUCCAGAGGAACGAGACCAACCUCUUAGCCAUGGCCAUCAAUCCGAUACCCAGCAUAGCCUCCGAAGAGGAGGAGGAGCACUUGAAUCCGGUGCACUACGAGACGCACUCGAAGGACCACCACCGCAUCGAGAGGUCGGCCGGCGAGCACGGACUGCACCACGAUACGCACAACUGCCGCCGCGCCAACAUCAUGGGCGAGCUGGUGCAGAACGCGAGUCCAUUCCUCUUUCCCUGCACCAUCGAGUACAGCCUCAUCAGCGCCGGCAUCCUGUACAUCAUGUGGAAGAACGUGGGCUCCACGCAGCCCGUGCCCAACACUCCGGACAGCUCCGUGCACGUGCACACGCCACGCCAGCGGCACUACUACCAGGUGGACUGCGCCAAGGCCAACAAGGGCCUCUUCACGGGAAUCCUGGUGCUCGUGCUGUCCAUCAUCAGCCUCAUCCUGUUCUUCGUGCUGAUCAACAAGCCGCAGUACCGCAACCUGGCCGUCAUGGAGGCCCACAUCGCCGAGCUGGCCGUCUACUUCCUCGCCUCGCUGGCCACCACCACGGCGCUCUUCCAAGUGCGCGAGCUGCGCUACAACCGGCUGCGCAACACGGACCUGGACAGCAUCCUCCUGAUCGUGGCCCAGAGCGGACUGUACCUGUACACCAUGUUCAGCAUCAUAGGCAGCCACUUCACUCUCGACCAGAACACCAUGCUGGCGCUGCUGACGGCGCUCGCGUGCCUCAUCCAGGGUUCUCUGCAGACCAUCUUCAUCCUGGACGCGUCGCGCCGCUACGUCAGCAGCAGCGACCAGGCCAAUCGCAAGCCCGGACGCGAGAUGGUCACCUUCCUCAUAGUGUGCAACUUCUCCAUGUGGGCCAUCAACACGUUGGAGACUCGGCGCGCCGACUCGAACCCCGUUCAGAUGACGUUCUACGGCUUCUGGGCCUGGACCAUCAUCACGCACGUGACGGCGCCGCUGACCAUCUUCUUCAGGUUCCACAGCACGGUCUGCCUGUGCGACAUAUGGAAGAGGGCGUACAAGGUCAAGUCCGACUACCUCUGAGGCAGUCGCUGCGUGCCGACGGAACUGCGAAAACGCUCGCUCGCCCUCCUUUUCGUGGCGAGUUCCCACCGCGUUCUGACUAUUCCUAAGUUGCUUUUUCGCCGCACGUCAGCGCGAUUUGUGAAUGGUCGCACCUCUGGACGAAAUGUUGAUGUACAAAUGUGUGAACGCGGUAUGGUGACGAACGCGCGGGCAUCGUGCGCGCUUUUUAUCUCUUGUUACAUUUAUCGUACUUUUUAUUGUUGCGCCAGGACGACCUUUGAAUUGAAGUCACAAACCAGUUGGUGCUUCUUUAAUUCCUACAUUGCAUCGCCAUGUGCGGAAACGGGACCAAAAAUGAAAUUUGGACAGACCAUCCUUACGCAGCUAUCGCGAUGGCGGGUUAGGAUCAAACAUCAAACACGUUAAGAAAGCGAUAUCAUUGCGACAGAAACGGCGAUUCUGAUACUGAACGACACCGGAUACUCUGCGUGCUUAGUCGGAAAGCCAUCUUGUCAGCUCCAGUUGAACUUCUGGGCCGAUAUGGCCUCUGAUUGGUUCAAGAUACCAAAAUGGCGGAGUUUGAGUUUUCAGUGUAGCAUACCGCCAACGGGCGCCUGUUCUUAUUCUUGCGGAUUGUACGUAUACGCAAAGCCCUCCCGGGCGUAGUGGCAACACUGCACCUAUAGCUACGCCGCGAUAGUGCUUGCCCAGUUCACGGCGGCUAUUUGGCCUCGCAGACUGCGCUGGUCCCAAGUUGGUGAAACGUAGCCGCGAAUUUUAAUCGAAACCGUGAUCACGUGUGAUGAAUCGUUGAGGCUUCGCUUAUGUGCAGUGUUCAAAUGUUGAGGGCGGCGAGAGAGCCAGUUUGAUAACAUUUUAGAUCGCAAAAAGAUAGCGCAGCUUGCUAUAUUUGUUCAUGCGUAUAUAGUAUACUCCUACGUAUAUAGGCUCCAAUGCAUUUAGAGCAAGCUAGUGUUCAAGCCCUCUUGGUCGAUGUAAGCAACACCGCUGCAAAAUCCUCGCAGUCAUGGUCCGGAAACGACUUCCGGCGCUGAAAAGCACGAAGAGCAUGAAAGUCUCGUAGCGUGUAUUACCUCGUAUCUUUGUAGCUACUGCUUGAUCGCGCCCUGUCAUAACUCUUGAUACUUUGGUGCCAUGUGCCAAACGCGGGUGACUGCUAUGCAAUUCCGCACGGAAGAAGUUGCUGCAUACAUGUAUUGUAUACCGUUUUUAUUGUUUUUUACGUGGUGUCUUUGGUGUUUUUGUGUUGAAAUCUACGCCAGACUCGAUAAAGGCUGUUAUAGGCAGUUGUUGCUAUGUGCCGCCUCAGUUCAGCUUAAAGGGACGCUAAAGAAAAGUGCUGAGGUAUAGCUGGCAAUUAACACUUCUGGAAGGUGCAAACACGUAUGUACGCCCGUCCUACCAGUGUGCGGAUUCUUGGCGUUGCAUCAGUGGCGUAACAAAUUAAAGGCAGGUGAUGCCACCACCGAGAACCAGCUGUCAGUGUACCUUCAAAGACCUUAUCCUCAGACCGUGACUGUAGUCAAGUUCAUUGAUAACGAGAUGAUUACAUCGCGCGGACUUUUUUCCGUGCCAAGGGAAGCAGAGUUCCCGUGAAAUUCGUGACGUCCCCGUGUACAUCGCCGACUAUGCGGUCUUGGCGCAAAAUUCAUCGUCAAUUGGCCUGCGUUUUCUUUAACGAUAAUCAAUCUCUCUCUGCCGCUAAGAUGCAGGGAGAGUUUUGACAGUGUAAUCUGUGCCAGGCUCAUCUAGUACUAACCUUUAGUGUCCCUUCAAGUGCGGGGUUGUGCGCUGUCAUCUUGAUACUCAAGUACGGCGCUUGUUGUAAUCUUGUCUGUCGUUGUUCCUUGUUGUAUACUCCCACAUUGUGUAAUCGUCAAAAUACGUGACGUUUGUGUCAGUAUAGCCAUGUGUACGAACUUCAUUAUCGAAGAUGCGCGCACCCUUAUUAAUUUCUUGAAGUACAAACUGCACAGGUGGCGGAUACGCCAUCAAAUGCGAAAGAAAAAAAACUUGCAUUUUUCUGGUAGCUGCACUUGUUUCACUAUAGGUUGCGUCUGAUGACUUUUGUACCUUGGGACUUUGUUUGCUUCCAGUACCUUGAAAGAAAGACAUUGAUAACUGAAAUCAGCUCUGCCAAAACCCGCAAGGUGGCGGCAUUUUCGUGGAAGGAACAAUUUACGUAAGAUUUAUUGAUGCCAACUUUCCUUUAAUAAAUCCAUCUCACCUU